ACUCUGAACGCGGAUGUGUCACGUGAUCUCUGCAGACUCAUCAUGGCGGCUCGCAGUGUGUUCGCUCCUGGACUGUUCAGGGACAAAGUCGCCAUCGUGACCGGAGGGGGCACCGGGAUCGGGAAAGCCAUCGCGGCCGAGCUGUUGGCACUAGGCUGCAGCGUCGUCAUUGCCUCCCGCAAACUGGAGCGGUGUAAAGAGGCCGCCCAGGAUCUGGUGUCACAGAUCAGCCCCCCGGACCCCUCCAUGGUGACCGCUCUGCAGUGUAACAUCCGCAAGGAGGAGGAGGUGCAGUCGCUGGUGAAAUCUACUUUGAAACUUUACGGUCGCAUCGACUUCUUGGUCAACAAUGGCGGAGGACAAUUCCCGAGUCCAAGCGAAGCAAUUACUUCGAAAGGCUGGAACGCCGUGGUGGAUACCAACCUCACCGGCACCUUCUAUUGCUGCAAAGAAGUGUACAACACCUGGAUGAAGGAGCAUGGCGGCGCCAUCGUGAACAUUGUGGCAGACAUGUGGAAGGGAUUUCCUGGCAUGGCGCACACGGGAGCAGCACGAGCCGCUGUGGACAACCUGACAAAAAGCCUCGCUAUUGAAUGGGCGCACACUGGUGUCCGGAUCAAUUCUGUUGCUCCUGGAACCAUCUUUUCGAAGACUGCCACUGAGAAUUACGGAGACAUGGGGCUCAAUAUGUUCCACAGCUAUAUCCCUAAUAUUCCAGCUAAGAGACUCGGACUCCCUGAAGAGAUCUCGCCGAUGGUUUGUUUCCUGUUGUCUCCUGCCGCCUCCUUCAUCACUGGAGAGACUGUGAAGGUCGACGGCGGGCAAAGCCUGUACCACAGCAGUUGGCAUGUGCCAGAUCACAGCAGGUGGCCAGAGGCUCCAGAUGGGGAGAACGCCAAAGCUUUGAAGAAAAUGAUUGCAAACCUCCCCUCUCCAAAGAUGUGAUGUCUGGGGCUGGGCUCUGGAAGGUCGCCAUGCCACCUGGCUUAAUUGCCAAGCUGAACGAAUGCACUAAUGAACGUGAUGCCUUAUUAUCGAUGACUGGGUAAAUGCAGAAUAGAAAUGGCCAGACCCGACAACCAUCUAAUGUGUAUGGGGGGGGGUCUUCUGACUCUUCCCUGAUGGCAGGGGUUGGGGGAGAUGAGGAUUGGAGAAGUUGGGGGGGGACCACUGUAAGAAUAGAGUGACGGUCACACAUGUGCGCUGCCGCUCCAGUCAUCUCUAUAGGACUGCCGGGGACAGCUGCGUGGAGUGUCAGUGUGCAUGCAUGACCACGGCUUCAUUCAUACAGUGGCACCCCAGCCAUUGGAUCACACCUUUUAUAAUCUAAACUGCACUCAAAGUCUUCAGACCCUUUCACUGUUUUUCACAUAUGUUGCUACUUGUGCUAAAAUAAAACAAAAUCUGGUUUUCCCAUCAUUCUGUACUAAAUUCCCCCAUAAUGAGAAAGUGAAAACAGAAUUUUCGAAAUUUUUGCAAAUUUAUUAAAAAGGAAAUAACUAAAUUUUCAUAUGGACAUAAGUCUUCAGCCCCUUUACUCGGGUCUUAGUUGAAGACCCUUUUGGCAGUGAUUCCAUUCCAUGGGGAUGAUACCACAAGGUUUACACCUGGAUUUGGGGAUUUCGUCCAUUCUUCUCUGCAGAUCCUCUCCAGGUUUGUCAGGUUGGAUGGGGGCCCUUGUGGACAAGAGAUGUUCCAUUGCAUUCAGGGCUCUGGCUGGGCCACUCGAGGACAUUCGCAGAGCUGUCCAUAAGACGCUCCUUCCUUGUCUUGGCUGCGUGCUUAGGGUCAUUGUUUGAGGUCCAGAGCUCUGGAUCAGGUUUCCA